AUGUCAGAAAAAGUCCAUGAUCGGCUUUCUAAGCUUCCCAAUGAACUCUUGGUCCUGAUCUUUCAACAAUCUACUAAUUUCAGUUCGGUAUGGAGCCUCAUGCAUACAUCCUCCUACCUAGCGUCAGUGUUUAACGACCAUGCCUGUCUAAUCGUCAAUGCUGUUUUGAACACUAAGGUUCCGUCCCAGUCCCGGGCUCUCAUACAGGGCGUUUUGACACUGCACAAAGGCACGUUCCUAAGCCGUACCCCGGAAGAUGAGCUUUAUUAUUUCGAUUGGUCUGAGGUCCCGCUGCUGCCCAGCGUGUCCGCAACAUCGUCAGACAUGAGAUGGCUUGUUAGGCUAGCCCACCAUGUUCAUAAUCAUGCUCAUUUGUACAUCGAAGUCUGCAUGCAAAGAUGUUUGCAAAGCAGACUGGGAGACCGAAAUUAUUCCGAGGGAUUCAAAAUCCCAACAUGGACCGAGGAGCAACGUGGCCUUCUGGGAUUUUGGCGGCUCAUCUUUGUCAACCAGCUCCGUGAAGAGUCACAGAAAGGCUCGCUCAGAUGGCCACCUCAAACCAUAGACUCUUUGAAGGGCGGAAUGCGGCGUUAUGGACGGUCCUCUCUUUUUUGCACAAUGCAAACAACAAUGGCGCUCGAUUAUCUGACAGGUUAUUACUCGGCUCCAAAAUCUCAGCUACCUUCGAUAAAUUCAAUGGUCCUCAGAUUACCGCCUGUUCCGGGGCAACGAGAAUUCGGCUGGCACUGUCAACCUCUGCCUACAUGGCAGGCGAUCUCCCAGGGGCAGGAGCCCGAUGAAAUUCUUCGUAUGCAAAUUAAAACUACCAACACACCAUUCGAUGCCGAAUCCGAUCAGCUAGCACCACGACUGAGUAACCAACUGGAAUCCCCACUAGUUGUUUCAGAAGAAGAGCCGGCAGAAGAGCUAGAAGAGGAGCCAGCAGACGAGACAAACGACGAAACCGAAGAAAAGUGUGGUCAGAGCAACCAGGUGGCCAAUCAAGAAGCUAGACGAGAUGCCAAUCAGGGACGAGUUGAACAGUCCGACGGGAAUCUCGACCCUCGGACCCCGAGAUAUUAUUUUGGCCCACCUUCCUCGUCCAGCGAAUCGUCUGAUGAUGUCGAUCUCUUGCCCGAUGAAGAUGAGGAAGGUCGAAGUGACGAGGAUGAGCAUAGCGAUGACGAUGAAAGAAGCAGUAGGCGUGGCGCAUAUAGUUGUAUCCUUCGCGACGUUUCGGAUACCGAUAGCCAGGAUUACGAAUAUCCUGGAAGAUUGGAAGUACGAAACCGUCCAGUCAGCCAGUAUGUGGCACGCCCUGUUCGGGACUUUGGCCCAAAUUCAACGGUAGAAGAAUGUCUGGACCUGGAAAGGUGGCCGCUUGGCCUCCAGUUUUGGGACAGCAUGAUACUCAAUCCGGAAGGAGGACCUGGAAAGUAUAUGCGCUUCGAUGCUUAUGCUCGGUAUGGCUUUUUACUAUGGGAAGAAUGGCGGAUGAUUGAAUUUGGGUUGUGGUCGAACAAGCCUAUUGAAGAUAUGUCUGUUUACUAUCAUAGGUGGUUUCGAUUCCUUUCUCCAGAGGAUAUGUCUUUUCAUUCAAAAUUCCGAUAUUCAUGGGACGACGACUGGCUAUAG